CAGGCCUGAGCUAGAGGUUUGUCAGAUGCACAACUCUGAAGUACCCGGCCGUCACACUGCACCAGGGCCGGGCCCGGGAGCGGAUUUAGGUGAUUGUGACGUCGGUUCUGGCAACAAAUAUGGCUCCUAGCAGUGACACUGGGCUGAAGCAUGCAGUGUGGCACAAGAUCAAAACUGAAAUCUUGGAUGACUGUAGAAAAGAAAAUGAAUGGAAGAUUCUACUCAUAGAUCAGUUUACAACCAAGCUGCUGACAUCAUGUUGCAAAAUGACUGACCUGCUGGAAGAAGGAAUUACAGUUGUGGAAGAUAUUUAUAAGAUCAGGCAGCCUGUUAGAGAUUUAAAAGCCAUCUACUUUAUUUCGCCCAAUGAGAAGUCUGUAGACUGUGUGGUGAGAGACUUCACGUUUAAAUCUUCCUGUACGUACAAAGCUGCGUAUGUAUACUUCAGUGACACAUGUCCUGACUACUUGUUUUCCAAACUAAAGACAUGCCAGGCCAAAACCAUAAGAAGAUGCAAGGAGGUCAAUAUAGCCUUCUUCCCAAAAGAGUCACAGGUGUUCUUGCUAAAUAUUGCUGAUCCUUUUCACCUGAUGUACAGUCCAGAUAAGGCUGUAGACAAGGAAUCUGCGAUGCAAUCCAUUGCUGAACAAAUAGUGACCCUCUGUGCAACUCUGGAUGAGAACCCCGGGGUCCGCUACAAAAGGGAACCACUGGAUAAUGCAGAAGAGCUAGCCAACUUGGUGGAAGAAAAACUUGUUCAGUAUUACAAGACAGAUGAAAGAAGUCAGUGUAAGGAGAAAUCUCAGUCUCAGCUUCUUAUACUUGACAGAGGGUUUGAUCCAGUCUCUACAGUGCUGCAUGAGCUGACUUUCCAAGCCAUGAUUUAUGAUCUUCUUCCUAUUGAAAAUGACACUUACAAAUAUCAGACCGACGGCACAUCAGCAAAAGAGAAAGAAGGUCAAUUAGAUGAAUCUGAUGAAUUGUGGGUGAAAAUCCGUCACAAACACAUUGCUGAAGUCUUAGAUGAAAUUCCAAAACUCGUUAAAGAGAUCUCUUCCAGCAAAAAAGAAACUGAAGGAAAGCUCACUAUAAACAAGUUGUCUAACCUCAUGAAAAAAAUGCCCCAUAUUCGAAAGCAAAUCAGCAAGCAAACAUUGCAUCUUAAUCUUGCUGAGGAUUGUAUGCAGAAGUUCAAGGGUAACCUUGAGAAGCUCUGUAAAGUUGAGCAAGAUCUAGCCUUGGGUACCGAUGUUGAGGGGCAGAAGGUGAAGGAACACAUGCGUGUCCUGCUACCAGUGUUGCUCAACAAAGAUCUGGAUAAAUAUAAUAAGAUAAGAGCCAUACUUCUGUACAUUUUUGUGGAAAAUGGAACAACUCAGGAGAACUUGGACCGACUUAUUCAGCACGCCAAGAUUGAGAGCGAUGGUGAUGUGUUGAAAAACUGGAAGUACAUUGGGGUUCCGAUCGUCCCCAGGUCUACACAGCGCAAACCGUCGAGGAGGGAUCGAUCAAGGGAAGAAACAUUUCAGCUCUCUAGGUGGACACCUUUGAUAAAAGAUGUCAUUGAGGACAACAUAGAAAAUAAGCUAGACUCACGGGAGUGGCCCUACUGCUCGGAGUGCCCUGCAGCGUGGAAUGGCUCCGGGGCAGUCAGUGCCAGACAGAAGCACAAUACAUUGAACCGGGAGGAACGGAAAAGUGUGUCUAAGCUGAUUAUUUUUGUGAUUGGAGGAAUGACUUACUCUGAAAUCCGUUGUGCUUAUGAAGUGACUCAGUCCAACAAGUUUGUGCAGGUUAUCAUUGGUUCUACUCAUAUUAUCACUCCCAAGACCAUGCUGGAUGAUAUAAGGGACCUCACCAAACCUUGCAUCCCAAAAGAAACCUUUACAAUAGAGGGGUAAAUAGAAUUGAAACUCAUGUAUUCUCUUGUGAAGCAAUACCUUACAGGAACCACAUCAGCACCUUGAGUUACUGUAUAUGUAUGUGUGUAAAUGUUUGUAUUUGUGGCGAAACAUGGGUUUUGCAAUCAACCAACUGGAAAUUGUGGCAUAUGAGAAGUGACACAAAUACAAGUUGCCUUCAGAAAUGAACUCUGCCUUUAAAACAACAAGUAAUUUAACCACUGAAGUUCUCAGCCAUGCACUGACGAAUAAACCUGUACAGUUCAAGAUAGGAAUUUUUAAUGCUUUAAUACUUGCUUAAAUAUAUACUGUAUAUGUAAUUCUAAUCUUAUAAUUUAGGAUUUAUUGUGCAAUUUAACUUCUGUGUGAUUUAAUAGCAUGUUUUGACACCGGGUGGAUUUUUGAUGUGUUAUUCUUCAUGUCUGCAAAAUUGUAUUAUAAUUCUGAAGUCCACAAUUAGCCAUGUCCAGCUGCCUGCUAUUUCUGUGUCUGACUUAUGUGUAUGCCUCCUCGUCACAGCAUAUACUUCUGCUAAUGCUUGUCAGUUUCUGUGGAAGUCAGUCAGAAACCUGUAACCUAUGUAAAAGGACGUGGCUUUGUUUUUAUUUCUUUUUAUCAUAUUUCAUCAGGCACAGAGAGAAAAAAGGGAACACCAUUGUUAUGCUUUUACUAAGCCUUGUUCUACCGCGGAAACAUAUUCAAAACAUACAAUAGAAAAUAAAGAUAUUUUUAAUUGUA